CCGACACGCCGCAGCACCAGCAGAAACAGCAGAGCUUUGAGUGAGCUGGCCUGACUGCAGGAGGCUCAGCAGGAGUCCCUGGAUCUGCACUUUUCUCGCUUCACCUGUGUUUGACUUGAUCAGACAGCCGCGAUGAAUCACAGCCAAGUCGAGAUCGAGCCUUUUGAUUAUUCCUACUAUGACUACGCAGACUUUUACUCAAACGCAGAACCAACACUUGCUCCCAAAGAAGUUAUUUUACCAUGUGACCCAACAGCAGAUGACAAGUUCUUCCACAUAUGUAUACUGUCUAUAUCUCUGGUGUUUAUGUUAAUCCUGGCAGCUAUCACCAGGAAAAACAAAUUCUGCCAGGGAUUCGCAAGAGGCUCGUCCAGCAUCUUCAGCCCAGCCAGCUUCCUGGACCAGACUCAGAAGAAGAGCCUGGUCAUGGCUGUUUUCGGUGUGGUGUUCAGCCGGCUGAGCAUGCUGGUGAUCGCCCCGGACCCUCUGCCGUUCUCCAAGGACACUCCAGCGAGCAUCAAGGAGUACAUGAAGAUAAUAGCUAUUUUCUACUAUCCAGUCCUGUACUAUCCUCUGCUGGUCUGUGCCACUCUGCAGCGCAAGUCUGGCUACGUGUUCGGGACGCUCCUGUCCUUCACCCACUUCGGCGUCCUGGUGUGGCAGAAGUUUGACUGUCCAAAGACUCCAGAGAUCUAUAAGUACUACGCUCUGCUGGCGAGUCUGCCUCAGCUGGCGUGCCUCGCCUACCUCUGUAUCCAGUUUCCUGUGCUGUUCGUCAGAGGGCCGAAGACUGACGAGGACUUGGACAGCAAGUACUACACAGACUAUGCCAAGACGCUACUGAGGAAGAAGUCUUCUUCUGUCUUCUCUUCAGACACGGAGAAACCAUCACUGGUGCAGAAAAUCAUCGACAUAAUCAAGGGGUAUAUUUAUAUACCUGAAAAAGUGUUUCGUUUCCCACUGAAGUUGGCUGUAUCCUCUUUUGUGACCUUCGUGGCCAUUUAUCACACCGCGCUGCUGUUAGUCGUCCUGGCCGUCCCCACGCUGCACAUCGUCCGCGCAGGAAUCGAUGAGAACAUCGCCUUCCUGCUGCUGGGGUUCGGCAUCGUGCUGUCGGACGACAGGAUGGAGGUCGUCAGAAUCGUGACUUUCUACACAUGGCUGCUGGAAGUGUGCUACCUGUGCGCGAUGACCCUGUCCUGUAUGGUCAGUCUAGUAAUGCUCAUGAGGUCCAUGGUCCUUCACAGAUCAAACCUGAAGGGCUUGUAUAAAGGAGACGUGUACAGCAUUUACAACACCCAGAAAACCAUCCGUCCAUCUAAAUCUGGUGUUGUCUGCUGGAUGGGUCUGACAGGAUAUCAGGCCGCCGUCGUCUGCCUCGGAAUGGCGAUCCAGACGCUCGUGUUUUUCAUCUGCUUUCUGUUCCUGGUGUUUUUGAUCAUCAUCCCUGUUUUCUACGGCCGGAACAUCAUUGUCUUUGAAAUUGCAGGAAAAGCAUGGCCCGGCUGGGUCACGCUCCUACUGGUUACGGCCCUUCAGCAUGUCGCUGCUAAGUUUUUCUUCAUCAACCAGGAAUCUGGAACCAGAGGUCUGAAAAACAGGGAGAGUCUGUUCCUCCUGACGUACCUGCUGUUUGUGGUCAACAUCAUGGUGGGACUGAUCGUUGCCAUAUGGAGAAUGGUGAUAACGGCUCUGUACAACAUCAUUCAUCUUGGUCGCCUCGACAUCAGCCUGCUCCACCGCACAGCAGAGUCCUACGACCCAGCCUACUACUACUACACCCACUUCCUGAAGGUGGAGGUCAGUCAGUCCCACCCCGUGUUGAAGGCUUUCUGUGGCGUGCUGGUGGACAUGAUGGUCGAGGGCAGAGUUGGAAAGAAGACACGAGACGCAGAGGAAGGGAUUCAGGAGAACAGGCCCAGUAAGGCGACCAGCAGCCGGAGGAUUCGCGCUCGCUGGCAGCUGCUGUACACGCUGGUGAACAAUCCCUCCCUGCUCGGCGCCAGGAAGCACUUCCAGAGUCUGCAGGCCUCGGACAGCGUGUGGAACGGCACGCCCAAUCGUAGCUCCAAGAGAGGCAGCCAGGCGGAGGACGAGCCGUCGGCCGCAGAGCCGGUCCAGUCCGCCGAGGCCCCGGCAAACCAAGAUAAAACCCAAUUAGAGUCCUAACUUAUGAAUGUUGCGUCCUGCAGAAAUGAUUGCGUAAACACUGUACUCGUAUCUGUCAACCAUUCUGAUGACCCUUAGCAUCUUUCAUGUUACUUUAACUGUUCACUUUUAUUACUUUCAGAUUUAAAAAAGAAGGCAAUGUUUUUGGGGUUUUUUUGUGCAUCCAUCCAGUGCGAUCUUGUUUAGUGUAAUCUAUCACCUUUUUUGGGGGAAGGUACUAUCGAUGGGUUUAUUCUUAACCUCUAACCUGGCAAGGGAAGGGAUUUAUUCACCUUCAUGUAAGAGGACAAGGAUUUAAUUACUGUCUAAGAGGAAACUAUGAGACACAGCGUUUUCUAACGGCAGCAGAUGUGGUGAUGUUACAGGAUCGGUUACGAAUGCAUCUGUCCUCCGCUGCCUGCUUGUUUGUUCCCGAAUGCCCUGCACAUCUGGAUCAAACACGCACAAAACAAGCACUGACAUGUUUCAUGGGAUGAUUUUACAGAAAUGAGCUUCCAGAGAGUUCUGAUUCACGAGCAUCUGCUGACACUUCAUCUGCAUCCAUCUGUGUUCAGCAUCACUCUGGAGUUCUGUAUCGACGUGCACAUCACACAGACUGACAGCGCCGAUCAAUGUCAGCAUCAGAACAGAAGUGAGGGGUCGAUGAGAAGCCCCGGUUUGUUUUUGCCCCGGGUUAAGGUCACCGUGUCAGCACAUGCUCGUGUGCUCUCAGUGCUUCCAUGCUUUGGAGGGUUUUUUAAAGAUUGCAGGUAGCAUCGUUUAUGUAUGAAAUAAGUAUUUAAAGCAUUCUUACUAAACUCGGACUGCUGUGCUGCAAAUAAAUCCCAGUGUAUUGUAUUGAGUUUGGAUGUGGUUCCUGUUCUUCUUUUAUUGAGGCUUCUUUCAAAAAUAAAAUUGACUUCAGGACAUCGUCACAUGCUUGGAUACCAAACUGAAGCGGUGCCUUUUAUUGCCUCCUGGAUGAAACACACAAAGUUUUCUUUUCCCCCAAAUUUCCUAGCUUUUAAAUCUAU